CCUACCUGGAAAUUAUGUUAAGCACUGACAUGUUUACGCUGUCUCUAGUAAAGACCCGUGUAUGAAGUUUGAAAAUAUGCUUCAAGGCCAUUGCUGAAGAUGAACGCCGGCUAGCAUUUUUGCACCCUUUGGCUAGCUUUCAGGGUAGACCUAGAUGGAUAGCUCCCCGAGCCCAUCUUUGGCAGCAACGACUGGAACUCAUGGUGGUCGCACCACCGGUCGCCAGCGGUCCAAGCCCAGGGAGUUUUGGCGAAAUGAUAAUCCACAGACGAAGCCAGCGCCUCGCGAUUUUUGUGAGGUCCAUGUCAGGCCCCCUGUGACGGUGACGAAGUCAACCGGCAAGAAAGGUGGGGCCCGCGGUGCUGGUGAUUCUCCAACUGCGCGACCGAGCGCUACAAAGCCCUUGCGUCUAUCGUCAGUGCUCGACAAGGCUAGCCCCCGCCCACAGCAAAUACAUAAGCGGCAAUCAAAUGCUCUGGAUGGCAGGCAUCCAGCGACAGAAGCAGGUGCUGCUGCUGCCAAAGGCAGCACGCAGCAUGCGGUUGCCGACAUAGGCAUGACCAAAAUUACAGGCUCUCCCGGCAUCGGGCUUCGGAACAGGAUUGCUAACUCCCCAAAGCAGCUUCGUAAGCGGCAAGAGGCGCUAGGUGACCACACCAAUCAACUGCUGACAUCUUCACCUGAACGGCCACGGCGCUCGCUCAAAAUCACCGAGGGCGCCUCGCCCGGCAAAUCUCCCGCACCACGCAUCACAGCUCCCGCACCCUUACCCGCAAACGGAGCGGGUCCGUCACAGCCCUCACAGCGUGCAGCUGGGGGCCAUGCGAACAAGCGGGCAGAGCAGGCACUAGCCGCUGCGGCUCCUCCUCCACGAGACACCGCAGCAGCAACAGGUGCCUCAGGCUCUGCCGCCGCCCCAGCCCCAGGGGUCGCCAAGCCCAAGCGCAGGGACCCUGUGCUGUUCUCGCUCAUCAAUGUCCGCUCGCAGGCUCCGGAUGCGGUUGACCUGACUGGGGGCGGUGAAGACGGCGAGGGCGGCCGCCGCACCCGUCGGGCCGCUGCCACCCGCAACGCCACGCAUGGUGGAUCUGCUGCUGCGGCAACAGGGCCAGCCGCGGCGGCCGCACCUGCGGGCCUGUCGGGUCGUGGGGCGGCAAACCCUCCCAGCAGCAGAGCUGUCAGCCCUCCCAAUAGCAGCACCACUAGUGACACGCUGGCUGCGAUUGCCGGGGCAGCAGCGGCAAUGGCGGCAUCAGCACGGCAGCGGCAGCAGCCAACGCAGAGCGGGAAGGCGGCGGUGGAGGGAGCCAAAGCGGACGGUCGGGGCCAGCAUAGUGCCGGUGGCCGUCGUGUGGUGUCGGCCGGCCCCGGGAAGAGGAGCAAUGCCGAUGCUUCCGCUGCUGAGGAGGGAGGACCUGCGGAGGCAGCGGGUCUUCGGAGUAAGAGCACGUCCCGGCUUCGCAACGGAGGGGUUGCACCGGCGGCAGACGAGCUUGAGGGAGGCGGCAAGCAGCAGCGGCGGGGUGCAAGCCGGCGUCCGGAGCCGCAGCAGCAGCCACAGGCGCAGCAGAAGCCGCAGCCUCUGCCGUCGAAGCAGCAACCGCAGCAGGAAAGCACGCGGCAGGAGCGUAGUCGGGAGCGGGCACGGCCUGGCAAGCAGCAGCAGCAAAAGCGACACGAGGAGGUAGAGGAGGAGAAGGAAGUAGACGAGGAGGAGGCUGCUCGUCCUUUCAAGCGGUCGCGCAAGGCACCUGCUGCACAAGUCGCAGCAGCAGCACCGGCCAAGUCUGCGCACCCGACAAAGCAGAACCCAGCCGCCGGGAAAAAGGAGGGAAGAGGAAAGGAGGCCAGGGCCUUAGUUGAGGCUGCAGAGGCUGUGGUAGCGGGUCGUACGGAGAGUGCUAGACGGCAGCAGCAGCAUCAAGAGGAGGGUCGGCUCCGUAGCGGCAGCAGCAAGCGGGGCGGUGCUGCAAAGAGCGAACGACGAAGGGCCGCAAUCGCAGAGGAGGAGGAGGAACAGGCGGCCGAUGACGGCGCGGUGGCAACAACGGCGGCAGCGCAAGAGGAGGAGCAGCAGCCACAACAGGAGGAGGAAGCAGAGGAGGAGGAGGAGCAACAGCAGACGAAGCCCGUGGCUGCCACAUCCGUAAGGGCUGCUUCCGCAGCUACUACAAAGGAGGGGGGAAGCGGCGGCGGCAAGCAGGGAGCCAGCAGCGGCGGCAGCGGCUCCCAUUUGGAUGCGGCUGCUGACGCGGCGGCCGCGAAUGCGGCAGUGGGGCUUCUGGCCAGCCUUGCCACCACCAGCGGCAACAGCGCCCUGUGCGAGACGCUCCAUAACAUGUCGCUGCCGCUGCUAGGCGCUGUGGGGACGGAGAAGGCGGGGCAGUCGAGGCAGCAGCAGGGGCCCCAGCGACACCAGCAGGGGCCGCAAGUGCAGCAGCAGCAGCCGGACACGCAGAGGGCUACAACAACGGAGGGUAGGAGAGCCGCCGGCAAAGAGGGUAAGAAGCGGCGCCGGGGCCAGCCAGCCCCCACAACGGUUACUGCUCCUGCCGCUCUGGCGGGUGCUGCCUCGGACCGCGAGGCGAUCCAGUCCCGACCCACAUCGGCACAUGCAACCGUUCCGGGACCGCAUGAUGAGCCUCCUGCUCAGGCAACGGAGGAAGAUCCGGGUCUGGAAGCCACCCAGGAAGUCGAAGCGGUGCAGCACCUGGAUGACCAUGCAGAAGCAGCUGCACCUGCAGCGGCAGCGGCAGAAGCUCCUCUGGGAGAUGCUGAUGGUCCCGACAGCCGCAGCCAAAGCGCUCUUGGUUGCUCUGCUGGCCGUCCCCGGGAUGUUGGUGCUGCUAAUGCUGCCGCAGAUACCCUAGUCCCCGCUGUGGAUGCUGCGGGCGCGGCCGCUGCAGCGGAUGGCGACACGGCUGCGGCUGCGGUUCCUCGCCCGUCCGCAGGCCAAGUCGCUGCCAUGCACGGUGCCGCUGCUGCAGCUGCCGUUACAGCCCUCCCCACGGCAGCGGCGGACGCUGAUGCAGCAGCGGCGGGAGACGGGGAGCCGGCGGGGACGGCGCCUGGACAGGCCUGGUCGCCGCCGCCCUCUCAUUACCACCACCAUCAGCAGCAGGAGCAGCAGCAGUACGAGCAUCACGAAGAGCAGCAGCAGCAGCAUCCAGGAGCGGCGAUGCUGCAGGUGCCGCGUCGGGUGGAUUCGCCCGCAGAAUCCGUGGCGCAGUCGAAUGUGCCCCAACCCCGGGGCCGCGGAGCAGCAGGGGGAGGGGUUGAGGGUGAGGACGGCGCUGAGGGCGCAUGGCUGCUUCGCCCGCGGCCCCGGGGCGGGCAGGCAGGACCCGGGGGGCUGCCGGUGGGGUCCUCCGCUGGUCUGCGGCUGAGCGCGGCCGAGGUGGUGGAGGGCUGGGGCGGCGGGCUGCUGCAGCAGGAUGCGGCUGCCGGCUUCCUGAGGCGGCCGACCAGGCCGGCCCCUCCGCCGCCUCCACGAUUCCCUGCCUCGCCUGCUGACCCCGCGGCCCAAGGCCUGCGCCAGGCUCCCGCCAGCAGCUUCAACGGCGGCAACCGAGACGCGGGUGGCAGCGGGGGCUUUGGCGGUGAUUACCGCCUGCAGCAGCAGCAGCAGUCCCUCCUGAAUGGCAGUGGCAGUGGCGGCGCGGGCCCCCAUGCAGCGCACCAGCCUGCGAUGGGACACCGGGGCUACGCAGCUGCUGGCAUGGGGAUGCGGGACGGGUUGCGGGAGGCAGCUGAUGCCGUACCGUACGAUAGGAGGGAAGCCUGGGAUGCGGCGGCAGCGGGCGUGGAGUCCCAGCACGGCCAUUGGGCUCCGCAGGAGGGGGAGAGGGUGACGCUGCAGGAGGCUGGAGCCAGCGGCAGGUGCAGGGAGGGGCAGGGGGGCAGACGGGAGCUGCAGACUGGCAGCAGCAGCAACAGGGGCUGCAUCCUCUUGAUCAGGCGUCGCAACAACAACAGCAGCAUCAACCUCCUUACCGAUCCGGUCAGCUGCAGCGUCCGGGGCUUCCGCAGCCGCCGCUCGCACAACAAGAGCUGCAGAAGCAGCACCAGCGGCGUUAUGAGCAGCAGACUCAGCAGCCGCAGCAGCACUACGACGGGGAUGACCAUGACCUCCCUGGUCAUAUGGAUGCUCGCAUGGUGCUGGGAGGCCGCGGCGGGCACCGAGAGCAGGAUCCGUACGAGUUCACGGUGGGCUCGGAUGACCGGAACGCCUGGGAUCACGCAGCUCCCCGGCAAGCGGCCUACACGACAGGCCCCGAGCUGCAAGGGCCGCCCCCUCAUCACCACCAGGAGCGCCAACAGCAGCCGAACCACCACUUCCAACAGCAGCAGCAGGACCGCUACCAGCAACAACCACAACAGCAACCGCAGCCACAGCGGUAUUUUAGUAACCAGGCCGCAGCGGCAGGGGCUUCCGGGGGCCCCGGGGUUUACGACAUGCAGGCGCCGUACGACCGCACGGGUGGCCACCCCAUGGAGGAAGACACUCAGGGCGGUGGCGGCCAGGGGCCUUAUGGGGCUUUUGCGGAUGGGCGAGAUGGCCACAACGCCCUUCAGUCUCCCCAUGCGAAUCCGCGCGCGCAUGGGCAGGGACGGCCCUGGGAUGGUGGUCAUCCCACCAGUCCUCGAGGUUACGACCCCGCCUCUGCAACCCUGCCGCCGGGGCCAGCUCCCGACAUGGCCGCGCAGCAGCCGCAACAGCAGCCGUAUCCGGCGGCGCGCGUGGCUCCCACACGUGACCCACGGGUCAUGCCAGGCACCGGGAUGCCGCCCGUCCCUGGACCAGCUGCGCCGCAGGGUCACCGUCCCGGUGACUCCCAGCGCACCAUUGUCCGAGGCGGUGGCGACGCCAUGGAUGUGGAUUGCGGCGGUCGGGGGCCCAGCGCACAGCCCCGGGGCCCGCCUCCCCCUCACCCCCAACAGCAGCAGCAGCAGGCCUCUCAGCAGCAGCCACUACGUCCCCAGCCGCCGCCCCCUCAGCAGCAGCUGCCUCCGCAGCAGCCCCUCUUCCGUGUGCCCACCCUGCGCGGGGGGCUGGUGCCGCCCACCCUCCGAUCCACCCGACCUGCGGCACCGCUGCAGCAACAGCAGCAACAGGAGGGGGCCCCCAACCCCCACAACCCCACCUCCCAUCACCCGCACCCCAGCCUCAGUGGCUUCAGCAAUGCGGGAGGGGCUUUCCAGGUGGCUCGCUCGGCGGCAACAGUGGGUGCAGCGGCCUCGGCGGCGGCGGGGCCGCCCCCACACCCGCAGCAGCAGCAGCAGCCUCCCACUCGGCCUGCGGGCUCAACUGGAACGGCGGCGGCUCCACCCAAUCCAGCUGCCGCCAUGGACAGCAUCCGAAUGGCGCUGGCGCGAGCGGAUCAGAUAGCGCAGCGGAACAGGACGCGGCAGCAGGAGGUGGUGGAGCGAGAGGAGGACGGUUGGACGCUGGAGCAGGUUCAGCUGCUGCAGUCCGCCUACUUUCGCGUGGAGCCCACCCACCCGCAGUUCUGGGUGGAGGUGGCCAAACAUGUGCCCGGCAAGACGGCAGCCCAGUGUUUUGCGCGCGUCUUCUCCUCGGGCGGCAACCGCGAGGAGCGAGCCAAGCUGUCCCGACUGCUGCGCCGGGCGGCUCCGGAGGGGGCAGGCGGCGCGGGGUCGGGCGCGGGCGGCAGCGGGAGGCCCAUGACUCUGGCGGCUGCACGCAAGAAGGCGCAGAAGGCGCAUGAGCGGGACCAACUGGAGCGGCUGAUGCGGCUGACGGGCACUGACCCGUGGGUCGGUGGGGCCUCGGACGGGGAAGCGGAGGAAGACGAUGAGGAGGAUGUCGAGGGCGAGGAGGCGGAGGGCGACGAGGAGGAGGACGAGGCGCAGUCCAAGACCGCUGCCGGUCGCAAGGCGGGUGCGGGCGGGGGUGGUAAGCGGCGAGGGGGCGCCCGUCGUCCCGCUCCGCACCUGGGUCUCCCCGACGACCCCGAGGAGCUGCGUCUCAUCGUUGAGGAGCUGCAGCAGAAGCACCAGGCGGACCGCUUCAUCACCUCCUUCCUGCGCAAGCAGGGGGGCUGGGCCAAGUGGCACCGCGCGGUGCGGGACGCGCAGGAGCGGAGGCUGCG